AUGCCUCAGCCUGGGGGCAUGCAAGUUCAAGGCCAAAUGGUGCCAUACCACCAGAGACAACAGUGCUACCCACAACAUAACCAACAACAAUUGACAUAUCAGCAAGAUAACAACAUGGUAGAGAUCAGAGGGAUGCUCCAGCAACUCAUUGGGACAAAUGUUGGGGCAGUUGUCUAUGGCUUUAAACAACCGCCCCAGGGAACAUUGCCAGCGGGCACAAAUAUUAACCCCAAGGAGCAAAACCCGAAUAAGCUGAUGGCAGUAAGUCUCCGAAAUGAGAGAGAUUUAGACAAAGAGCAGGAGGUUGCACAAGACAACAAAAAGACUACGCCAGCCACUCCAAUUUCACCAGAGGUAGAUGAACUAUCAAAUCUGACUAAAGUGGUGGUUGAACAGGGUCAAGAUGAAAGGUUGAAUAUUCCUUUGAUGGAUGCCUUGAGGGAGAUGCCAGGUUAUGCGAAGAUGAUGAAAGACCUAAUUUCACGGAAGUUUGAUUUUCAAGACCUAUCCACAGUAACUCUGAUGCAGACCUGCAGCGCAGUAGUGACCAAACCGAUGGCUCAAAAGAUGUCAGACCCAGGUAGCUUCACUAUUCCAUGCACAAUUGGGAGUUAUGCCUUUGCAAAGACAUUAUGUGAUUUGGGAGCCAACAUAAAUUUGAUGCCUCUGGAUGUAUACACCAAACUGAGCAUUGGUAGAGCUAGACCGACUUUGAUGCUGCUGCAGCUGGCUGACCGCACGGUAAAAAGGCCUACUGGGAUUCUUGCUGAUGUGUUGGUACAAGUGGGGAAGUUCGUGUUCCCUGUAGACUUUGUUAUUCUGGACUGUCAGCAAUCUAUGAGGAGACCCAGUGAAUAUGCUAACUGCUCUCUAGUGGAGGCAGUGGAUGUGAUCCUGCAAGAAGAUGGUGUGACCCUGACUGCUAAAGAUCUAUUGGAGGCAUGUCUGACAAAUUUAGAAGAAAUGGAUAGUAAAGGAUUAGCUGAAUGGGUCAUGGAACUUGAAGGCCAAGGAUUCUGGAAAGGGAACCUCAGUUCGAGUCCCUUGAUUUAG